AUGGCGCAAAUUGCAGUCGGCAUCAAAGCGUUUUUCUUGGUCUCUCUUUGCUCUGGAGCGAUCGCAUCUUCCAAAAGCCGAGACCUACAAGAAUUUAUUGCCAUUGCAUCUUACCAGCCAAGAACGGAUGUCACGAACCAGAAAAACAUAGCUUUGGAUCAGUAUGAAUUAUCGAGCUUUCUCGGAAACCCAGCGAACGAUGAUCUCGAGGCGGCCAAAGCAAUUUACGAAAGAGGAGCGUUUGUUACUCCGAUCGCGCGCCUUACUUUGACGAACGAAAGUGGUCUUCCCGCUAUGAUUACUUCAGAUGAGACACUCGUAACAGGAAAGACUGCAAACGGGACAGAAGUAACUGGAAUCGCGUACGAAUCGUUCAAUCCAGGAGAAAUGGAGAUUUCGGUCCAGUACGCUAGCGAUGCGCCAGAUAGCUGCGAAGUCGGUGGGCUCCUAGAACCAUACAUGCACGGAUGCUUUGCAGCUGACGGUGAGCUGGACAUAGAAGGAGAGCGUGUUGCUUACAGAUACGACCCCUCGACCGAUAAUUACAACGGGAGGACUUUGCAACAAUUCAGCACAGGUGCAUCUUUUACAUUCCGCAAUCCUAAUGCGGGUACCGAGUACUUUGAUGAAUUCGAAAAGUUCUUCGACUACUAUGGGAAAGCCUCCUACGCCGAUAUUUUGAUUCAAGCCGCUUUCAAUAAGACAAAUACCGGCUUUCGAAAUGGAAACUUGGAUUUUUCGACUUAUCUUGACGGUGACGGACAAAAUGCGGCCAUCGCCACGGCGACGGCUUACAUGAUUUUAGGAAUGGAAAUAAUUGGCAAGUUGGAGCAUGCUGUGGUGCAAUGUGACCUUCCCUGUGAGACUGACGACUGCAAGCUUGACCCCGUGCAUAGUCUCGACGAAGCCGUCGCAUUUUGGACCGGAGUGUUGGAAGACUUUGAUCAGGGUUCGGGGCGCAGCAACCUGUUGUACGGAUUGGCUGACGAAACCUGUCGCCAGUUUCGCACGUGUGGAGUGACCGGAGAUUCCACGGAAGGCACGUCGCGCGUGAACAUUGAUCUGUUUCAGCUUUUCCGAACCAUGCAGGAGCAGCUUCUCGGUAACCAGUGCAUCGAAGCUCGGGCUAGCAAAGAUCGCAUGAUUCCCCUGAUGUUUCUCCCGUUGAUCCAAGCAACUCUCAGCAACGUCUUCUUGGCCAAGAGCAUGUCUUUUGACGAAGUCGUCGACGGCGAGGGUGCGGUACUAGCGGCGGCGUUGCUUCCACGCCUGGCCUCUUGCAAUUUCGAGGACGCGCAGCGGUUGUAUUUACAAAUGCGAGUCGGUCAGCACGGAGUGGCAGGUUACUCGGAAGUUCGUCAGGCUUUGGAGCGCAACUACGAGUGUUUGGGAGUCACCUGCGCCGACGUUGGGGGUUUGUACGAUCGAGACAGGGGCGAAUAUGAAGCCGAAGGGGCUCCUUGUGGCGGGGUCGCACAGGGAGGCGGCGGAACGAAUCCGGGUCUAGCCGUUGGCUUGUUCCUUGGUGGAAUGGUGGCCGUGCUGUUGGGCUUUGUGCUAAUCCGCCACCGCCGCCGUAACAAGUCGCUAGGGGCCGCUGAGUUUGCAGUGGAGGGGGGUCACGUGAUUGCGUAAAGGAUUGUUUUUGGCUUGAUAGUACGUAAUUGUGCUAACCGUAUAAAAGGGCUGUUCAUGACGGUUCUACAGAGUCUGUACACUACGACUGUAUAUACAACACGGUGUCACUGUAAAACGCAUCGUUGCCCAGUGUGUAACGAGGGCUCCGUCCAAUCCAGCAGGAUACAUAGGUAUCGUGCUGUGGAUGGUUCCAAGAGCAACGUGG